UUUCUCUCAUCACAUUUCGGUGAUGACCGGCGUUUUGCUUAUUAUUACUGUAUGCUGUAGAUGUAUUGCGUCAUUAAAAAUUAUUUUAUAGUUAUUCACUAACUAGUAUUUCCGAUAAAUCUCCCAGAAUAUUUGCUAGUUUGACGUUAUUUCUGUAAUUAAUAUCUUUUUCCACAUAAUCCGUGCAAAUAUUUUUCCUCUUUCCUUUCAAUAUUGGGACUAAUGUGAUAUAAUACCUUAAAGUGAGUUAUCUGUCAAGAAUUUUAUUCACUAUAAUCGUGUUUCAUAUAUAAUUUAAAUUCAUUUGCAAAUAUAUAUGAGAGGUAUAACUCCAUUGUUCUCUGCUAUUUCAUGCACAAGACUGCUCCAAGAUGCUGAGACUUUUGAAAUUAUCACGCAGUUCUUUUUUAAGGAGCACCACUUUGCAGCAAUACAAACAUCAUACUUUUUACUCGUCAGCAAAUGUUAGAUCAAGCACCCUACAUUCAAAGAAGAAACCUAUAGAAGAUAAGUUAGACAAAUUUAAGAAGGGCGAAAUUCUCCAUGGAUUCAUAGUGGAUGAGGUUUCCAGGAUAGACGAGUUGUUUCUCACUGCAAUCAGAUUGUCACACUUGAGCACAGGCGCGCAGUAUCUGCACUUGGCGAGAGAUGACGCGAACAAUGUGUUCUCCAUCGGAUUCCGCACGACUCCUAUGGAUUCCACUGGCUUACCUCACAUAUUGGAGCACACCACUCUGUGCGGUAGCGAGAGGUAUCCCUGCAGAGAUCCGUUCUUCAAGAUGUUGAGAAGAUCCUUGGCGACGUUUAUGAACGCUAUGACGGGACCAGACUACACCAUAUAUCCUUUUUCGACGCAAAACCUGAAGGACUACCGCAAUCUGCAAUCGGUCUACUUGGAUUCGGUCUUCAAGCCGAAUUUGAGAGAACUGGAUUUCCGUCAGGAAGGCUGGAGAUUGGAACACACGGACGUCAACGACAAGAACUCAGCCAUCAUAUUUAAGGGUGUGGUUUUCAACGAGAUGAAGGGCGUCUUCAAUGACAAUCAAGCCAUCUUAGCCGAACAUAUGUUGAAUUCUAUUCUACCGAGCCACACGUACUCGGUGAUCUCCGGCGGCGAUCCUCUCGUCAUACCCAGUCUGCGGUACAGCGAUCUGCUCAAUUUCCAUCAGAAGUACUACCACGCCUCGAACUCGCGCUUCUACUCGUACGGGAAUUUCCCGCUGGAGGAUCAUCUGAAGUUCAUCAACGAUCGGUAUCUCUUUCUGUCUGACCGAAUAGACGCCUCUAUGUCGGCAGUGCCGCCGGAGAAGCGGUGGAAGGAAGUUAAAAAGGAGCACAUCGCCUGCAGGCCCGAUCCGCUGCUCGCUGAUCCCAGCCGUCACGGCACCAUCGCCAUCGCGUACUUGUGCAACGAUAUCACCGAUAUACAAACGACUUUCGAGAUGUACGUACUCUCGCAACUGCUGCUGAAGGGCCCGAAUUCUGCGUUCUAUAAGUCUCUGGUCGAGUCGAACGUGAGCACCGGUUUCGGCCCGGUUACCGGUUUCGAUUCGCAGUGCAAAGACACGAUGUUCGUUGUGAGCCUGCAGGGCGUGAAGCCGGAGGAUUUCGAUAAGGUGCAGAGUAUAUUUGACGACACUGUAGACAAAGUUAUCAAAGAAGGCUUCGAAAAGGAUCACGUUGAGGCCGUCUUGCAUAGCAUCGAGAUUGCGACAAAGCACCAGACGUCGAACUUCGGACUGAACUUGUUGUUUAAUCUAACAUCCCUGUGGAAUCACAACGGCAAUCUGAUACAGGCGCUGAGAAUCAACAACGCCGUUAAGGAACUCACGUCGCAAAUGAAAGAAGACCCUCAGUAUUUGCAGAACUUAAUCGAGAUUUACCUGAAGAACAACAAGCAUAGAUUAACGUUAACGAUGUCACCCGACGAGAAGUACGAGCAGAAUAAAGCGGUCGCCGAGCAAAAGUUACUUAAGACGAAGUUGGAGGAACUCACCGAGGAAGAAAAGAAGCAGCUAUACGCGGACGGUAAGAUUUUACUAGCUGAACAACAGAAGAAAGAGGACGUCGGAGUUUUGCCGACCCUGAAAAUAGAGGAUUUGAAGGUCGACGUGGAGAGAUACGAGACAUCGAACCUGCAGAUAUCUGGAGUGCCGCUGCAAUUGUCGAUACAGCCGACGAACGGGAUCUCUUACUACCGCGGGAUCCUAAACACGCGGGCGUUGCCGAACGAGCUGAAGAAGCUCCUACCGCUGUUCAACUAUGUAGUCGCGAAGAUGGGCACGCGAAAUCACGACUAUCGUACUUUCGAUCAGAUGGUGCAGCUGAAGACCGGCGGGCUGAAUUUCAUGAACCACGUUGCCGAGCAUAAGGAGAGCGAGCUGAAGUACGAGGAGGGUGUGCUCGUGGAGUCGUAUUGUCUGGAUCGCAAUUCGACCGACAUGUGGCGGCUGUGGACCGAGUUGUUCAACGACGUCCAGCUCGCCGACUCUAAGCGAUUCGAGACGCUCGUGAAGAUGAACGCGGCCAAUCUGAUCAACGGUAUCUCGCACGCCGGUCACAUGUACGCGAUGAGCAGCGCCGCCAGUCUGGUCUCGCCGAUCGCACGGGCCAAGGAGAGCUUGUCCGGGCUGCGUUACGUAUCCAGGAUGAAGGGGAUAGCGCAGACACGCGACCUGGCUCCCUUGAUGCAUAGCAUGCAGGAGAUAGCGAGUCACGUGUUGAGCAAGCAACAUCUGCGAUCGGUCAUCAACUUGUCCCAGGAGCGCAAGGACGACGUUCUGGAGGGUAUUCGCGCGUUCUACGAUUCGUUAAAGGGUCAUCCAACGAAUGCACUCGUCAUUACCGAGGACCAGAACGCCGAGAUGUAUGAAAGCGCCAAUCAUCAUGUGCUGCCGUACACAGUGAACUACUGCUCGAAAGCCAUUCUGACUGUGCCCUACACGCAUCCGGAUUACGCGGUACUGCGUGUGCUCUCCAAGUUGAUCUCAUCUCUGUACCUGCACCCGGAGAUUCGCGAGAAGGGCGGUGCUUACGGCGGCGGCGCGAAAUUAACGUCCGAGGGGAUCUUCUCCUUUUACUCGUACAGAGACCCGAACUCCACCCGGACCUUCGAUCUGUUCGACCAGGCGUACGACUUCCUGUCGAAACAUCCGUUGCCGCAGAGCGAUCUGGAUGAGGCGAAGCUAGGAAUCUUCCAGCAGAUCGACGCUCCUAUUUCGCCUAGCAAUCGAGGUAUCACCAAAUUCACCCAUGGCGUAACGGACGACGAUCUUCAACGGCAGAGAGAGCAACUGAAGGCUGUGACCAAGGAGCAGAUCUUGCGUGUGGCCGAGAGGUACUUGAAGCCAGGUCAAAGCGACAUUAGAGUCGGUCGUUCGCUCAUCGGACCCCCGAAUACCGAUAUCUUAAAUAGACAUUCGGAGAACUGGCUGGUGUUGAAUCAAGAGGAGGCUGAUCAAGCACGAGCUACCGAAUAGAUAGACAUUGAGAUAUUGUUUUUCUUACUUCAAUAUUGAAGAGACACUUUAUAUUAGACUGUAAGCAAGUCGGCACACAUUGUUAUGCGUACCGUCAUCUCCUACGAGUAUUAAAAGUCGAAAAAAGAGCGUAUACAUUAUCUGGAAAUAUCGGAUAUUUAUUAAUGAAAAGUUGUAAUUUAUGUUAUUUUGUAUAUUAAAUAUAUCCCGAUGAAAGGGAUGAGAAAUAAUUUUA